AUCAAAGAUGGCGUCCAGAGGGUUUCUUCUUGCCGAUCACAACAUUCGGCCUUCUCGGCGCCCUGUUCGAUAUGUGGCUUCAAAGCAAACGAAACCGAUAAAAAGGAAGAAAAAGAAGCCAGAGUGGGACAACACAGUACACGAUCUCACAGUACACAAGGCUACAAAAGAGGAGCAGAUUAGGAGACAUGAAAUUCAUCUAUCUAAGAAUGCAGGCAGUGUACAUUUACUUGAUAAAUCCAAAGACCAAAGCCUUGAUUUUACCACCCAAACUCCAAACACAGUUGAAAGAUGCAAGCUGGCCAUUGUUCAGGAGGUUCUGUAUGGUCAAGAUAAGUUUCAUGAUGUGCUAUCAGAAUCAGACAAGACAAUGUCAGUUGUAAAAGAUUUAUUUGGUGAUGAUCCUAAGAAGUAUAUGGGAUUUCCUAACAUUACUGCUGCUCCAAGUAAUCUUUUCAAUGGUAAAGAAAACAGACUUCCAGUUGGUCCUGUGGCUGAAAUGCCUGAAACUCCAACACAUCUUUCAUUACUGAGUGACUCAAUCAUGAGAACACCGGCACUAAAUGAACUCCCAGAUCAUGACAAAGAAGAUGAGGAGCCAUCCCCAAAGACACCUCCACCUGACAAAGAAAGGAUCACCUUUCAACCUACGCUUGAUGUCCAAAGAUUCCGCCAAUAUGUGGCUGAGGAGCAAAGCAAACAAGCAGAACACCCAAUGCCAACAUGCCUGACAGGAAGCCGAGCAGGUCAAGAGCUGCCACCUGUGAGUAGUACCGAUGGACAAGCCACCAUUCCUUCAACAGGUGGUGAUGAAGAUUGUAUGCCAUUUCAAGAAGGACGUAGCACUGAUAAAGUGUCUGCACAUGGCAGGGUGCUUGCUGGACAUGAUUCUAGCAGUCAGCCUCCAUCCUUUCUUAGUCAGGAAUCAUCAAGAACUGUGAUUGCAGGCGGGCCUAAUUUUAUGAAAACAGUGUCCAUAGGAGAGCCAACAUCAAAGGAGGUGAUUUCACAACAUGUUGGAGACCAACUAACAAGAAGCGUAGGCUCUGGUUCUCAAGGAUCUGGCAAAGUAAAGACAAAAAGUAGUCACAAGCAAGCAUCAAACUCGUUUUCUAGUGGUAUAAGAAGCCUUGAUGACUUAAAGAAGAUGGUGGAAGACCUGGAAGGUGAAGUAGCUAGAUAUGAAUAUGAAACAGGGCGCCAACAAACUAAGUUGCCUUCCCCAUCCUCCACCGGCAGCUUUAGUGGUUAUACUGCAUCGCUUAUAGCUACUGUCACCAAGUUGAUGGGUUACUUGAAAGAGAGUGAAGUUCAAAGAAAAGCAGAUAUGGUUAUGAGAGAGCAAGUGCUGCAGGGAUUUGAAGAACAGAGAGCUUUGGUUGAUGCUCUGACUAAUGAUAUUCUCCACACCCAAGAACAAAACCUAGCUUUGCAAAAUGAACUGUUAGAAUAUAAGAAAAAUACAGAUGAGCACCUGCAAUACUUGAAGAGAGAAUUGUUUGCUGUUGUAAGAAGUUAUGAGUAUCAAGCACUCUCCAACAGUAUAAACACCUUGUACAGCUUGAACCCUGUGGCUCUGAAGCAAGGUGGUACCGAUGCCUUGAAUUCAAUGCAUGAUGAAGAUCAUAAUUUGGAAUAUUUACCUGGUGCUCCAGUUGGCCAAGCACAUGAGAAGGGGGAGAAAAAAAGUGUUGGACAUGACAAACGCCGAGGAGUUUUUACAGACACCAGAGAUGGACCUUCUUUCAUACCUCUUGCUACACCAGCAGAUCAUGAUGUACCACAGCAUUCCACUACAGAGAGCAAUUCUGCAACAUCUCAACAAGAAGCCAAAGUAUUCAGUCAAGCCGUAGAUGGCAGAGGCCCAUUAAAGGCUACCACCUGGAUUUCCUCUGAGAAUUCCUUAUCACAGCAUCAUCCAGUGGCUCCUAUGGUUUCUUCUCAAUCUGAAAAUGAGCUCAUUCCAGCAUAUCAAAAUUCUGGAUCAUCUAAAGUUACUUUUGGGAUUCCAGGUCACAGUGAGAUAAGCUCUAACAUUGUCAUGUACCCACCAAGUCAAGUUACCUUCACUCAUGCUGGAAGGAGAGAAGGAUCAUCAUCAAGGCCUAUAGCUGGCAUCUCCAGUGAGCCCAAUGUUGCCCCAGUUAACCUGCCACCCCAAGCUAGUACUUCCUCUAGAGUACCUACAGGAUUUUCCAUGAAUCCUUCACAUAAUCCUCAGAAACAUCCACAAAGGCAGCCCACCAUUGACCAUGCUAUGGAACCAAGGCCUAUUGGUGCACAAGUGUACAAAGCUCAAGGUCACCCAAAAUUGGUUCGAGAACUGCAGCCUGAAAUUUCCGAAGGCAUGGAAGCAAGGCCUGAAGACCCACAAGGCUUUUCAGUGCAAGAUAAUUCACAGGCAAGGCAUGGACUGCAGCCUGCAAUUGCUAAUGCUAUGGAACCAAGGCCUGGUGACCCACAAGGGUUUUCAGCACAAAGUCAUCCUCAAGCAAAACAAGGACUGCAUCCAGCAUUUGGCAAUGCCAUGAAACCUGGACCAGCUCGUCCACCAGCAUUUUCAGGACAAGGAAAUUCGCAAGUUCAAGGACCAACUGGUCAAAGAGCAACUGUCAGUGCUGUGGGACUAUUGCCUGAUGGUCCACAAGGGUCUCUAGUUAGACCUCAGGAUGGUUCUCUAAUAUUUUCCCAGGCAGCACCCUCUGGACCAGCAGUGACUUCCACUCAAACUGUGAGUGUUUUGCACCAUCAACAUCAGCCUCAUCAGCAAGGCCACAGCCAACCAAACACUAAAGCAGAACGUAUAUCAAAACCUAAAGGUUUUGCAGCAGUUUCUAGGAAUACAGUUUGUGGACUUCCUGCCAAUCAUCAGCUUAGGGAACGGCUUCAGAACAUGGCUAACAGGCAGAAGGGUGUGACAGCCAGACAAAGUGACCAGGAUAGUGGAAAUGUGCAGGAUUUGGAAGGUCAACAUCCACGUCCAACAUCUCCCCAUGUGCACUUCCAAGAGCCUCCAGUUGCUGGGAAUGGACAACAGAGUGUUGAACCCGGACAGGAACAAAUUUCUCCUCCAUUGUCACCCAUUCCACAUAGGAAUCCAACUGUCAAGAGAUCCACAGCUCCCCCUGACAAAAGAGUUGUCAUUAACCUACCAAAUGCCUGGUCUGAUGUCUCAUCAACAAUUUCCCUGUGAAAUCAAAGCUUUACACAUUGUUACAAGACUCUUGCACAUAAAAAUCAUGUGGUCAUCAUGUCAAAACAUCGUUUCAUUUUGUUACUUAACUUACUUUCACCCUUACACUCCUAGAAGUGGUCAACAAUUGACUUCCUCGUACAGUAUCGUUUAAAGACACCUUAAAGCGCAAACAAUGAAAACUGUUGAUUUUUAUGACAGAGUACCCUGCGAGCUGAGCCUCUUUAAUCUGUCCUAGAAUUGAAAAAGGAAAAAGGCUCUGCCAACAUCCUGUUGUUGCUCGUUUGAACAUGCGUGGCAGUUGCCUAGAAACUGAACCUUUUCCAGGCCCCCUUGAACUAUUGUGGGCGCAGAUUUGGUCAUAUGUGUACAUGAAAAACAAAGGUGUGCGCACCAAAACCGGUUUGACUGGAGGCAAAACCGGCUCGAGUAGCACGGAGUUUUGGGCUUUCGGCAUUUCAAAGCAACAACAGGUUGUUGGCAGAGCCUUUUCCCUUGGAGGGUUAAAAAGAAAAGAAGAAAAGGCUCUGCUCACAGGGUAAUGACAGAGAUGCACUCUGCUCUUCCAUCUACAUGAAUAGGUACUAAACCCAAGUAACCUCAAAAAAGUAAAAUUAAAAUCUAGUGUGACUUAAUAAAAUACUGAGACUGGCAGGCAGGCCUUUUAGAGCCAUUUCAGUUUGAGAGAAUACUAUUAUGUACGUAUUCCAAGAUGUAAAGAGUGUGUUUCAGUCCACAAGAAGGUCUUCUUUAUUUGCAUGCUGGAAAGUGUGUUGGAGAGAGGUUUACCAGAGACUACCAUCUCUUGCAACCCUAAUAGUGAGGGCCCAUUUGCAGUCUUGAGUGUGUUUUAGGUCCCUUUUUGCUAUCCGUGUUAAUUUUCAAAAAAUUACCCAAAUCAGUACCAAAUAAAAGAAAUAUUUUGGCCA